AAGAACCACUGCUUUAGGGGAUGGUCGACGCCGCGGUCCCCAUAGGAAGAACUGUCGACACGAACGUCAAAGACUGGUCGUCCUGUACAGGACCAUGCAGCUAGUUAACUACCGCCCAAAAUAGCCAAGAGUAGCGGUCGAGUCCUGUCAGCUGCCGCGUCUAUCCAUGUGUCCCCAACGCAGGUGCCAGUCAAGGGACGACUGACUAACGCUUCUGUCAGCCAUGAUUAUUUUCUGUCCUGUUUUUGUUUGAAAAUUAUCCAGUGUCAAAGCACGGACGGGAUAUUAGUUCGUGGUCAGUCUUUGACAGCCGAGUGUGGCAUGUUACACAGGGAGACUACUCUAAGUACAUUUGACGAAGAUAGAUCACUCUCACUGACACAUGGUGCGAAAAAAAAUACAAGUUCCUCAUUCUUAAUACACUAUACAUGUAUGUAUGUUUCUUUUAAAAGUACAUUUCUUAAAUCAAAAUGCAUUUCUUGGGCAAGUCUGCAUAUUUUUCUGCUCGUGUGGUUUUUAAAGUUGCAUGCGUACGAUACGGUGCACAGCCACGUCGUCUGCUCGACGGAGGUCAAUCCAGUUUUAUGGGCUACGAAGUGCUGGGAGUACCGUCUUCCAAGAUUGUGAGUAGAAGUAUAAGUCGUAAUGUGGUCUCGGAGGGAAGUCGAAAAUAUGUUCCAAGGAGAACCUUGAUGUAUGUGCCUGGACACGAUUUGAAAAAACUGCGAAAAAUUCCUAUCUUAGGAGUAGACUGUGCAGUGCUGGAGUGUGAAGACGGUGUUGCUUUGAACAAAAAGUCUGAGGCACGGGAAAAUAUCAGAAUGGUGCUUGAUGAGCUCAAAGAAGUUAAAGGAGUCGACAUAGCAGUGAGAGUCAACUCUGUGGGGAGUCAACUGCUAGAAGAAGAUCUUCGUGUCAUUUUGACAGCAGAGAACCGACCUUCCACAGUACUUCUUCCGAAAACAGACACAGUUAAGGACAUUGUUCAGUUCACAGAUUGUCUGCGAUCCAUCUUGAAAGAUAGUGCUUUGCCCUCUUAUUGCCCACGUCUCAUCACCUAUGUUGAAAGCGCAGAAGGCCUAAUAAACAUGAAAGACAUACUCAGACGUGCAGAGACAUUCUCUCAUGAGGGCAUCUAUCAUCUGGAUGGAGUGGUUUUUGGAGCCGAUGACUUCUAUGCAGACAUAGGUGCUGUGAAAACAUUAGAUGCUGCAGAACUUACAUAUGUUCGUCAGAAGAUAGUCACGGUAGCCAAAGCUUUCCGCAUACAAGCAAUUGAUAUGGUAUUUACAGAUUACAAAGAUUCUGUUGGUCUGCAGCUACAAUCAGAACAAGGAGCUCGUAAUGGGUAUACAGGCAAGCAGAUCAUCCACCCAAAUCAAAUACCCAUAGUGUGCAAAGCAUUUACGCCUAGUGCAGAACGUGUGGAAUGGGCAACACAGCUCAUUGCUGCCUUUGAAAAACAUCAAGAAAGUGGUGAAGGUGCAUUUACAUUUCAAGGCCAUAUGGUAGACAUGCCACUUUUGUUGCAGGCAAAAAAUGUCAUUCAAACAAUCAAAAAUGUACACAAGGCUUAGUUCUGACAAUCCACCACCCACAUGUAUAUUUAUAUAGUGUAUGUAUCUACUGCAGGGACAGUUUGAAUGUAAAGAGGCAUUAAUAUGAGUCUCAUGAAAUUUCAGAUAAAAUGAGAACUACUCUUGUGUUGUUGUAUUAUUAUUAUUAUUUUUCUUUUUUACAAACUUCAAGAAUACUUUAAAGAAAAAUAAAGCUUGAUAUUUUGAAGUCAGCAGGCAGAUCUGUCCACUUAUGUUUGCCAGCCUGGUUAUCUUCUGGUCAUAUGGUUGUACAGUGUUGUGCCAGGUCAUGUCACAAACCAGACUCAAAUAAUUGUACAUUAGUCACAAGCGACUUGUAGGGUCUGUCAGGGAGGCAACUCUUUCAGACACUGCAAGUUUUUUGUUUUAUACAAUACAUAUGUAGCAGUUUCUUAGGAACUUUCGUAAAAAAUGUUAGAAUCUUUUGUUCUGUGUCAGCAAGCAAAGUCCAUGACUUUCACCCACAGAGCAGAAGGUGGCCUGUGUACUGUCAGUGUACAUGUGAUACCAGGCUCAAUAUUGGAAAAUAACAGGACCCAGUGGCUGGACAUAGAUGGCAAACAAAAGUAGCUCAAGCACACACCUUGUGACACCCAGCACAUCACGGUGGUAGAUAUUGAUAUCAUAUUUUAGAUUAUCACAGACUGAAUGGGGUCAUUCAAAUAGGACUGAUCGAACCAUUUCAUGGCCGUGCUGGAGACCAAAAGUCACAAAGUCGCAUGGAGGAAGACAUAUAUAUGUUGUAGUCAAGGGUAUGAAAGUCAGUCGACAGAUCAAGCGCUGACAGCACUGAGAGGUGAUUCGGAUCGCAGACAGAAAAUCACGGUCUGCAUAUAGCAGUGCUCUUGGAGGAAUGGUGCAUUUUGAAUAAAGCAUACUGAAAUGACUCUAUCUGUCUCAGGAAACUUGCAGAGACGUGUAUUAUCUGUACACGCUUGAACAAUGAUGCAUACAAGCACACCAAGUUAAUAAGAAAUAAAGAUGACUUUUAUAUAAAGAAAUAUGUCCAUGAAAGAAUUUUAGAUAGUAACCAAAAUCAAUGGAGUCGUAAUAUGGAAGGUCUGAAGGAGAUUUGGUGUACUACUACAAUACUUGGCCUUACUUCAGAUGAUAGAAAAAUCAGAAUAGAUAUAUAAAU